AUGAAGGCAUCUGAUAGCAUGCCUCGAAGCCUCAACGACGGCAGCAGUGAAGCUCAACCCCGCAACAGGAACUGGAAAGACACAUACAAGAAGAUCACAAAUCUUCGUCGAUGGGGAUCCAAGAAAAACCGAUCUAAGCAUGAGGACGAGGAAAGCGAGCCAGAUGAAGACUCGGCGAUGAUCAUUCGUGCAACACCCCAUCGACCUCCUUCUCCCUACCCAGAAAAAUCAUGCGCCAUCGGAAUGACCUCCUGGCCCUCGAAUAUCGCGAAGGACCCAAACCGCCAAGGCCCAGACCCUUGGUCACGAACCGAGGAAGAGAUGUUUCGGUCAAACAUUGCAUUCCUAGCGAGCAUGAGAAUCAUCGGAUACUUCAAUCUGUUCUGCCUACUGAUCAUCAAACUUCCGGUCAGCCAUCUUCGAGACGAACGAUUCGGUUUUCUUUGGAUGGGUCCUCGGAUGUUCCGUCGACUUCGCGUAUUCCUGCUAGUCACCCUGUACUUGCAGACCCCGGAGCUCGUUCUGGAUUGCCUUUUGGAUCCAAUACUUUGA